AUGUCUACCUCACGCUCAUCUUCCUCGAGGACGCCGGCGCCAAUUCCUUCCGCAGGUCCUUCGCAUUCGGUUGACAAGAAUGGAAAUAAACUGCACAAGCGUUCACGCUCAGGAUGCUAUACUUGUCGUGUGCGAAGAAAGAAAUGUGACGAAACUCACCCAAUUUGCAAAGCCUGCUCCAACCUCUCCCUUAAAUGUGAAUUCAAGCGACCGGACUGGUGGGCGAGCGAAAAGUCCCGCAGAGAGAUGAAGGCCCGCUUAAAGAUCAAAAUUCGAGAGAAGAAGUCGAUAGACCGACGAGGAUCUCAACACAAUGAGCAUACAUUUGGCGCUCUAUCACCCUCUAUGAUUGGCGAAUAUGACUUCAAUCACCCUGGACCUUCUCUCCCAGACAACUUCGACCCGCUUGCCAUUACCAACCAGCCACCCAUUUUUCCACCAGAAGUUUAUUUACAACAUUAUGCUCCUUAUGAAGUGGAUGUUCGAACUGAGCGACAAACAUUUGUUAAUGAUGUACCAAUGAGACACGACUCUUCCGUUUCUACUUUCAAUGCCAUGGGACCACCGCAAAUCCAUAACACCAUCCCCAUAUUUCAUGAAGAACAGUGGCUCGCAGAAGGCAGCUUCAAUGAUGUUGACACCUUUGACAACUUCGAAUCUAAUACUAUCACUGAUCCCUCUAUCAUUGAGUCCGCCCUUCCGACACCAGCAGUGGUAUCACCGCCACCUCCACCACCUUCUCUUAACACCGAAAAGAUCCCAGUUGAUGAGCUCGACAGGCCACUUCUGAACCACUUUGUCAACCACGUGCUGCGCAUGAUCUUCCCCAUUCUCGAAAUCCACCAACAAGGACUUUCUCGCGCCAAGACCAUUUUAAGUGCGCUCGAAACAAACAAGGCCUACCUUCACAGUUGUUUAAGUGUUUCUGGCAUCCACUUGAAGAAUAACGUUGGAAUAGUCUCUGAGAAAAACGACCAUGACAUUAUGCGCCAUCGAUUUGAAGCCAUUUCAGCUUUAUGCCAGGCCCUCAACCGCGAUGAAAACCAUGAGCAAAUUCUAGAUGCGACCUUGGCAAUGAUAUUCUUUCACUGUUCCGUUGGUGGACCUGAAGAUGUUUUACCUGACAUUCCUUGGAGCGAUCACUUCCAAGCGGCGUCAAACCUGGUGAACCGUCUUGAGCUUCCUACCAAAUUACUACAUCCCAGCAUCGAAUGUCCUUCAGUUACUCCAUUUAGCAUGUCUUUGACGACAUGGAUUGACAUCCUAGGAGCCACAAUGAUGGGAACUACCCCUCAAUUUGCCCAUAGCUACCGGACUAAGCACCUCAAUGGCACCUCUUCUGGAUUGCAGGAGUUGAUGGGAUGCGAUGACCGAGUUAUGUAUCUCAUUUCCGAGAUCGCCUGCCUUGAGUCCUUAAAGAAAGAAGGCACGGUCAAUGAGAUCACUGUCUGUCAACACGUUUCCGCUCUUGCUGCUCAACUCGACUACACCGAACCAGCCGAUUCAAGCCUGGAGCAUCCAUACACAUACAGCGGUACUCUCCGCGCAAACCAUUUGACGAAGAACAUGACCACAAUAUUCCGUCUGGCAGCUCGGAUCUAUCUAUGCAGCCUUGUUCCUGGAUUUGACCGCAACCAGAGCAGCAUCAUCUCUCUGGUCUCUUCUAUUACAACUGCAUUGCAUUAUAUUCCUUCUGGACCCUAUGGCUUCGAUCGCUCACUGGUCUGGCCCCUGCUUAUUGCAGGUGCUGUGGCAACACCAGACAGCGAUUUCCGCAAUGUCCUUUAUAACCGGGUAGCAAAGAUCAGCGACAUGGGAGAGUUUGGUAGUUUCGGACACAUGUUCCGUAUCGUUCAAGAAGUUUGGAGACUUACCGACGAACCUCCAACAUCAUUGAACAGUACCGAAGGCCUUGAGAGCCAGCCCAUCGCAUCUCGAAGCUUUGCUCCAAUUUCUCCCGAGGCCGCUGCGUUUGCGGGACGAACCAUCAAAAAGCAAGAAGUCCACUGGCGCGAUAUUAUGAUUCGCAAUGGAUGGAAGUAUUUGCUCAUUUAA